CGGCUUUCAAAGAGCAAGAUGGCCAGCCUGGAAGAGCUGAAGCGCCACUCCCUGGUGAUCCUGGAGAAGAAUAAGGACCUGAUGGAGGCGAUCCAGGAGACGGAAACCGACUCAGCCAACCAGGCCAGGGGCCUCCUGCAGCAGUACGACAUGUUUGGGCGGAUCAUCGCCACCCUCCGAGACUCCAAUCAGAACCAAGUUGGCAUCGCCAAAGCAGAGCUCAGCGUCGUGGAGAAGAAAGUGGAGAAGAAAAUGGCAAAGAUGGACCAGGAGCUGAAACGGGUCGGGACCCGAGUGCACACCUUGCAGGAAGAGGUCAACGUCUUGCGGACCUACAUGGACAAGGAGUAUCCGCUGAAAGCGGUCCAGAUCGCCUCCCUUCUGCGCAGCAUCCGGAACCUGAACGAGGAGCAACAGUACGAAUUGGAAGACACCGAAGAUCUGGCCAAGCGCUUUCUGGACACCUUAGCCGGGAAAGCCAGGGACGAGCAGGAACACAUUCUGCAAUCUGUGGCCGACGUGAGUGGAAUCAACACGGAGAAUCAGA